AUGCUCAACGGUCUGGUCGCCCACAUGAAAUUAAAACGAGCAAUGUUGAUCAAAAUCCCACUCAAUCAAAGGCCUGGAGCUGAUGAAGGUGGCAUUGUUCCCAUGACGGCAUUCCCACAGAGGCAGGAGCCUCACUUCCGCAUAGCAUCUGGUGCGUCUUCAUGCAUCUUUUAUCGCCACCUCUGCGCGCUACGCCAUUGGAUGCUCCCAUAUGGCACCGUCCGGUCGCUGAGCACAAUUAGUGACAGGCUAUGGUCUUGUGAGAAUGUUCCCCGUCGCUAA